AUGGCACCCGCAGCAAUGAAUCUUCUCUGUACGGGUCUCUACCUGCUCUCGUCCUUUGCUCAGGUAUCGGAUGCGGCUCCAUGGCUCUUUUCACGAAGCGUGCCGGCAUCUUACCGUGACGGCCGCCUGGGAGCCGUCGCGAGUGAGAACUCGAUGUGCAGCGAAUACGGUGCCGACAUGCUGAAGAUAGGCGGCAAUGCUGCAGAUGCCAUGGUUGCGACAGUAUUCUGCGUUGGUGUUACUUCGAUGUAUCACAGCGGCAUUGGCGGCGGUGGCUUUAUGCUCAUCCGCGCGCCAAAUGGUACUUACGAGUUUAUCGACUUCAGAGAGACUGCCCCUGCCGCGGCAUUCCAGGACAUGUUCAAAAACAACACCAAGGGCUCGACAUCCGGCGGACUCGCCAGCGGUGUUCCCGGUGAGGUUCGUGGCCUAGAAUACCUCCAUAAGCACUAUGGAAAGCUACCCUGGAAAACUGUCAUGGAACCAGCCAUUCGCACAGCCCGGGAUGGUUUCCGUGUAACCGAAGAUCUCUCUCGCAUUAUGGUACACGCGACAGAGAAGGAAAACUUCCUUGCCAAAAAUGCCGCAUGGGCUCUUGACUUUGCACCACGAGGAACCCUUCUUAAAGUUGGUGAUAUCAUCACUCGCAGACGCUACGGUGACACCCUAGACAAGAUUGCCAAGUACGGCGCCGAUGCCUUUUACACUGGGCCAAUGGCGGAGGCUAUGGUAAAUGCACUCCAGGCUGCCAAUGGCACCAUGACCCUCGAGGACCUGAAGAAUUACACUGUAGCUUCCAGGCCAACUGCUCAGAUCGAGUACCGUGGCAUGACCGUCACCAGUACUACGGCCCCGUCCAGCGGAGUCGUGCUCCUCAGCAUCCUGAAGCUGCUCAAUGGGUACAAGAAGUUCUUCCGUGCAGAUCCAGUACCACUCAGCACCCAUAGGAUGGACGAGGCCAUCCGAUUUGGAUAUGGACAGAGAACGGAACUUGGCGAUCCCCUCUUCUUUUCUAACUUAACCGAUUACCAGAAGAAGAUGAUCUCUGAAGAGGUUGCUAACAGGAACCGGAUGAACAUCUCAGACGAGUAUACUCAAAGCAUAGCAGUAUACGACCCCAAGGGCCUUGAGAGCUUGGACACCCCCGGAACCUCUCACAUUUCAACUGCCGACCGCUCCGGUAUGGCCGUCAGUCUGACAACCACCAUCAACCUCUACUUCGGCAGCCGUGUCAUUGUCCCCGAGACCGGCAUCAUCAUGAACAACGAGAUGGAUGACUUCUCUGUCCCUGGACGAAGCAACUCCUUCGGAUACAAGCCGUCACCAUCCAACUUCAUCCGUCCCGGCAAGCGACCUCUCUCCUCCAUCUGCCCUACCAUCAUCACCCACCCAGAUGGCUCCCUUUACUUCAUCACCGGUGCUGCAGGUGGUUCCCAAAUUAUCACCGGAACCCUCCAAAGUGUCAUCAACGUCAUGGACAGAAAGAUGAACGUUCGUCAGGCCCUGAAGGCUCCCCGACUACACGACCAGCUUGUCCCCAACGUCGCCCUGAUGGAAGACGACUACGACAAGAAGACUGUUGACUUUAUGAUUUCACGAAAGCACAAUGUCACUAGAGAAAAGUCGUCAAGUACGGUCGAGUCUAUCAUGAGGCUAAAGAACGGUGUCUUCGAAGCCUCUGGCGAGCCACGACUGGCUAAUUCCGGCGGAAUUGUCGUUUGA